CUUACACGUCACUGUCACGUAUGUCGAAAGACGAAAAUAACAUAUUUUUAUUUAGCACGUGAAAUUCAAAUUUAGGACAUUUAAUUACCUGUUUAUUAAUAAAAUCCUUUAAAAAUGAGUACGAUAUUAGAAAAAAUCGCAGCCAUUGAGGCCGAGAUGUCAAGAACUCAAAAAAAUAAAGCAACUGCAGGACAUCUGGGACUUCUGAAGGCUCGAUUGGCAAAACUUAGACGAGAAUUGAUUACCCCCAAAGGUGGCGGCGGUGGUACUGGAGAAGGGUUCGACGUAGCCAAAACUGGGGAUGCUAGAGUUGGAUUUGUAGGAUUUCCUUCUGUGGGGAAGUCUACUUUGUUGAGUAAUUUAGCUGGUGUGUACUCUGAGGUGGCCGCUUAUGAGUUUACCACCCUUACAACCGUACCUGGUUGUAUAAAAUAUAAGGGUGCUAAAAUCCAGUUAUUAGAUUUACCGGGAAUCAUUGAGGGCGCCAAGGACGGCAAAGGUCGAGGUCGUCAAGUGAUAGCCGUGGCGCGCACUUGCAGUCUGAUCUUCCUGUGUUUGGACGUGCUGAAACCAUUGGGGCACAAGAUGCUCAUCGAGCAUGAAUUGGAAGGUUUCGGACUACGUCUGAACAAACAACCGCCUAAUAUAUAUUUUCGGAAAAAAGACAAGGGCGGCAUCAACUUGAACAGCAUGGUGCCGCAAUCCGAGUUGGAUUCUGAUACUGUCAAAACGAUACUCUCUGAAUAUAAAAUUCAUAACGCUGAUGUUACAUUGAAGUAUGACGCUACCAGCGAUGAUUUGAUCGAUGUCAUUGAGGGGAAUAGGAUUUAUGUGCCCUGCAUUUAUAUUUUAAAUAAAAUUGAUCAAAUUAGUAUUGAGGAAUUAGAUGUCAUUUACAAAAUACCUCAUUGUGUACCGAUUUCCGCCCAUCACCGAUGGAACUUCGAUGAUUUACUGGAAAAGAUGUGGGAUUAUUUGAAAUUGGUGAGAAUUUAUACAAAACCUAAAGGACAGCUGCCUGACUACAAUUCACCCAUUGUAUUGCACUCGGAACACACGACAAUAGAAGAUUUUUGCAAUAAAUUGCAUAGGAGCAUCGCUAAGGAAUUUAAAUACGGGUUGGUAUGGGGAUCAUCUGUCAAACACCAGCCCCAAAAAGUCGGAUUGGAUCAUUUGCUUUGCGACGAAGACGUUGUACAGAUUGUAAAGAAAGUUUGAAGUGACUAAACUUUUUUUACAUUGUUUGUCACAAGAAAAAAAAAAUAAUAAAAAAUAAGUGUGAUAUAGCUCAGAUUUUGCAUUCUGUUUCUCUAUUUAAGUGUUUUAAUUGGUUUUAAAUGUAUGAGUAAAUGUCAACGAUUGUCAGCAACGUCAUAUGUCAUUGUCAGUAACGUCAUUAUGUCAUUGAAAUUGUUAUUUAUUUAAUCAAUGUUUAAACACUUAAUAAGAGAGCAAGCAUAAUAACUCUGUUGUGACAGACUCUGAAUAUUUUUUUGUUAUUUAUAAGAAUAAAAGAAUUUACAUUG